GGCGGGUGACGCAGCGGCCGUCGCUGCCAUUUUAAGUUGUUUGUUCUUCCUUCUCAAACGCGACUCUACCCCGGACCCGGGAGGUUCCCGUGGCUGCCGCUGCCGCUUCUGCAGCCACCGGUGGGGGGGACGAGGCUGUACCGCCGCUGACGCUCCUCCUCCGCCUCGGCUAUUGCUCCCUCCGGGUCUCCUCGACCUGCGUGCCUGAGAGCCGGAACCCGACCGCGGGGGCAAGACUCGAGAGCAGAUGCUCGACCUGAAAUAACUUUUAUUUGGGGGGUUUAGCCUCGCUGACAGACCCUUUAGCACAGGGCUUCCUUCCUUUGCCUUCUCCCCGGCCCGCCACCGAUACUACUCCUCCCCCCCCUUUCCUCUUCUCCUUUUUCCCUUUUUUUUUCCCCCUUGUCGCCGCUACCCCCUGCGUCUUUUCCCCUCCGCCGCCGCCCGGGGCGUCGAGCCAGACUAUGGGUCCCAGGUGGGGGCUGAGCGGCGGCAGCAGCGCGGGCGGCCCGGUCACAGUGCGCACUGCAGCGGGGAUGGAGGGGCUCAGUUGGCUGGUGGUUUUCUCUUGACAUGGCUCCUGCUCGAGCUGCGAGCAGCGCCCCCGCCGCCGCCACCUCUUCCGCCGCCGCCACCGCUCCGCCCGCAGGCUGCGGCUAGAGGGCCCGAACCCCCGCCCGAGAGUCGGUCAGUGAGUCCCGGUGUUCGCGGGGACAGGGAGGGGAUUUCCUGUCACAAGAGCCCCUGCCCCGGCCUCCUCCACCCCGACCCCGACCCCUUCCCCCCCGGGAAAACCAACUAAAUGACCCCACCUUAAAACCCUCCCAACUCGGGAAACAUGGUCUGUUCAACGGGAGAGCCAGCAAAUCCGGGUACUUAAAUUUUUUUUCCUCCCCACCGGGGUGGGCAUACUUUUUUUUUUUUUUAAAGUAAUAUUAACACAACUGUUGUCUUUCUUUUCCCACUGAACCUUCCCAUUUACCCCUUUCCCGCCUACUCUACCCGGGCGGGGAUUGUUGCCACGAUGAAAUGAGUGAGAACCCGAGUGAUCCUGUGUCUCCCGUGGUGCGAGUGAGUCGCCGCCGCUGAAGGCAAAGGGUGGGGGUGGGCGCCGGGAGUGGGCGACAGGUGGUCCCUGGGCACUGCCCGGGCUUGGGGACAAGAGCCCGCCAGCCACCUUUGCCACAGCAAUGCUCACCAGAAGAUAGAUUGCAGAUUGCAGUCCUCCCCCUACCCCCCCCCCACCACGAUCUCUAACUGGGGCGAACUCACAGGGAAGGCUCCCUCGGGGAAUGUAGGGCUCGUUGCAGGGCUGGGGGUGUUGGGAUCCCGGGCACUAAUCAGGUCUAACCACAGAGCCGGAAUAAUUACACCGUAUUCUCUAUCUCCUCUCCCUCUGCCAUCAUGAUUCUCCUUGGCAGCAGCGUUAGCAGCCGCCUGAGGGUGAAAAUGUGGGUGAUGGGGAAGUUGGUAAUGACUCCGCUGUUUUUUCUCAUGGCUCCUUUGGGCAACAGCUGCCCGCCCCCGGUAUACAGUGUAGUCGAUAGCAGGGAAACCCUGUACCUCUCCCCUUCCUUUUCUACCGACUUUGCACUUUUCUCUUUGCUCACCACCAAGCGUAAUCAAUAACAAGCACUGACAAUAUAUAGCAAUAGUGAAAUCUGAAAUAACUCAGAAUUAGGUACUACAGCCAUGGAUUUGGCUGGGUGAAAUCCAAUUGGAUAUUUCAGUUUCAGUCGCCUACCCUAUUUUGGUGGUUUUUUUUUUUUUUCCUUCUUUUUUUCUUGAUUUGUUUUUUUUAAGUUUUUUUUUAAGGGGGGUUGGCUUUCGAUAUUUGGAGGGAAAAAAGGCAUCAAACUUCCCCCACUCUCUUCUUUUUUUAUUAUCCCAUCUCUAAAGGGGAAAAAUACCGGAUGGAUUUUAAGGAUUGGACUGAUGUCAGCUGUGUUUUAUUGCACACCUAAAUCCUGGUAACAGGGUUCUUCCUUCCCCCUUUAUUUUGGCAGUUAAGCCAAAUGUGUUUCUCAAAAAGUUAGUUCAAGUAUUUUUCUCCUCUUUUCUUCUCUUCCUUUUCCCCAUCCAACCCCAAACAUUAUUGUCCAAACAUGACUGGACAGCAGCUUUUGUUUCUUGACCCUGUAAUAUGACAGUCUGCUAAUAUUGCCAGAAGGUGCAGCUUUUGGGUUACAGUCGUGAUUUUAGCUAUUCAAUCAUAUUAGCAGGAAAAAAAAAUGACUUGUUUCUGUUGUACUUGAGUCUUAAGAAAAAGUGCCCAUAGUUUAGUGACAAUUUCCAAAGGCUUUAGUACCACCUGUAUUUCAAAAUGGGGGACCCAAACUCCCGGAAGAAACAAGCUCUGAACAGACUACGUGCUCAGCUUAGAAAGAAAAAAGAAUCUCUAGCUGACCAGUUUGACUUCAAGAUGUAUAUUGCCUUUGUAUUCAAGGAGAAGAAGAAAAAGUCAGCACUUUUUGAAGUGUCUGAAGUUAUACCAGUCAUGACAAAUAAUUAUGAAGAAAAUAUCCUGAAAGGUGUGCGAGAUUCCAGCUAUUCCUUGGAAAGUUCCAUAGAGCUUUUGCAGAAGGAUGUGGUGCAGCUCCAUGCUCCUAGAUACCAGUCUAUGAGAAGGGAUGUAAUUGGCUGUACUCAGGAGAUGGAUUUCAUUCUUUGGCCUCGGAAUGACAUUGAAAAAAUUGUCUGUCUCCUGUUUUCUAGGUGGAAGGAAUCUGAUGAGCCUUUUAGGCCUGUUCAGGCCAAAUUUGAGUUUCAUCAUGGUGACUAUGAAAAGCAGUUUCUGCAUGUAUUAAGCCGAAAGGAUAAGACUGGAAUUGUCAUCAACAAUCCUAACCAGUCAGUGUUUCUCUUUAUUGACAGACAGCACUUGCAGACUCCAAAAAACAAAGCUACAAUCUUCAAGUUAUGCAGCAUCUGCCUCUACCUGCCACAGGAACAGCUGACCCACUGGGCAGUGGGCACCAUUGAGGAUCACCUCCAUCCUUAUAUGCCAGAAUAGAGUGCUGACCAGACCAGCAAGAUGGAGAUCAGAAUGCAGCAGCGAUUUUUUUUCUUGUGUUCUUAACACUUUAUUCUUUCAGAGUUUAAAGAAAAUGGACUCAUGCACAGAACACUAUCCAUUUUGAAACUUGUUCAUCCUGGAUUUUUUUUCUUUUAAUCAUUUGUUUCAGAACUUUAAAAAAAAAUAGAUGUCUUCUGCAUGGACUGUGUGAAAGAAGAUGCUUUGCGUAAUUGCUGCACUGCAUCAGCAUCUUACUAAAAUGUGAAAUGAAAGGACUAUUGUACACUGAAAUGCUUAAAUGUAUCUGAAAGCACACGGUGAUACUCUUUUUUGGUGGUCUUCCCAUUGUGCUGGUUUUUGCCUCUUUAACAUGUCAUCAGUAUUUAAAAGGGUGAGAAGUAAGUGUAACAGGUAUAAGUAACAUUUAAAAAAAAAACUUAAUAGCUUUGCUGUAAUCACCGUUGAUCCAGAACACUGUUCAGAUUCAUUCUGAUGACCAAAAGUGGUUGCUAUUUAAAAAAGAAAAAAAUACAACCACAGGAAAGAAAUCUUAAAUGAAAAAAAAAAUCCUAUUGUAGGCAGUUGCCUCUUAUUUUACUGGGCCAUGUUUGUUUCCCGGUACUCAUAAAUACAUGUAUUUCAUUUCCAGAUCUCUUUCCUCAAGUUGCUGUUAUGAGUAUUCUGCUGCGUGUGGAUACAAUUACACACAUUAAAGCAGAGCUGGAGUCUGAAGUAUAAAGCAGCUAUGAAACUGAGAAAUAACACUCAUAGCUGCAGAAACCAUGAUGGGUAGAUUACUAUAGUUUAUGGUUAGUUUUAAGGAGAAGAGAUUUCUGUUGCAAAGAAAAAUUCCAGUGAACUGUGCAGAAAUAACUGGUUUCUACACAUCCUAAGAAAAACUUGGGGUUCUUUUGGAGUAAAAAAAAAAAGUUCUUAAAAGUUGGGAUCUUAAAUUGUAAAAACAACCAUUGAGUGUUAAAGGUCUAAAAGGAGAACUCAUUUUGUGCAAUGAACAUAAUGAAAGACUACUGUAUAGUUUUUUUGUUUUUUGUUUUUUUUUCUUUGAAGAAAAGCUUUGCUUAAGGGUUGCAUACUUUUAUUGGAGUAAAUCUGAAUGAUCCUACUCCUUUGGAGUAAAACAUAGUGCUUACCAGUUUCCAAUUGUAUUUAGCUUCUGGUUGGAAUUUGAAAAAAAAAAAAAAAAGAAAACCUAAAUAAAGUAGGUGAAGUUCCCUGACUGUUCAGGUGAAUACACAAAA